GUGCAGUGGGUAUCUAGAUAGACCACCUGAGUUAACCAACUAUCCAAACCUCCCCUCCUCCUGUGCAGGCGCACACAUGUUGGGGACCUGUGUAGCUAACCUCCCAUCUGAGCGCAUGUCGGAGGGACCGGCCCAGUAACUUGGCGUGUGACUGCAGAAAUCCUGAGUGGAGUUAUUCGGAGUGUGAAAAAGGAUGGCGAAUGGAAGGUGCUUAUUCUGGACCACCCAAGUAUGCGUAUCUUAUCGUCCUGCUGUAAAAUGUCAGAUAUCCUGGCAGAGGGCAUCACCAUUGUGGAAGACAUCAACAAACGUCGAGAACCCAUUCCCAGCCUGGAAGCCAUUUAUUUGCUGAGUCCCACGGAGAAGGUGCCCACAGGAGUUGCGUGUUCAGUUCAGGCCCUAAUCGCAGACUUCCGGGGGACUCCGACCUUUGCCUAUAAAGCUGCACAUGUCUUCUUCACUGACACCUGCUCUGAGCCCUUAUUCAGUGAGCUGGGCCGCUCUCGCCUAGCAAAAGUGGUGAAGACCUUGAAAGAAAUCCACCUUGCCUUCCUCCCCUAUGAGGCCCAGGUGUUCUCUCUGGAUGCCCCUCACAGCACCUACAACCUCUACUGCCCCUUCCGGGCUGGGGAACGGGCACGGCAGGUCGAUGUGUUGGCCCAGCAGAUUGCUACACUUUGUGCCACACUUCAGGAAUACCCAUCUAUUCGCUACCGCAAGGGUCCAGAAGACACAGCCCAGUUGGCCCAUGCUGUCUUAGCCAAGCUGAAUGCCUUCAAGGCAGAUACUCCCAGUCUAGGCGAGGGCCUUGAGAAAACCCGCUCGCAGCUGCUUAUCAUGGACCGGGCAGCCGAUCCUGUGUCCCCACUGUUGCAUGAACUCACGUUCCAAGCCAUGGCCUAUGACCUGCUAGACAUCGAACAGGAUACAUACAGGUAUGAGACAACAGGACUAAGUGAGGCUCGGGAGAAGGUGGUACUCCUGGAUGAAGAUGAUGAUCUGUGGGUGGAGCUUCGACACAUGCACAUUGCAGAUGUUUCCAAUGCCCUCCUCCACCUCUCCCUGCCUUCCCUCAUGGCUAGGAAGGUCACUGAGCUUCUGAAGUCAUUCUGUGAGAGCAAGCGGCUGACCACUGACAAGGCCAACAUCAAAGACCUGUCCUACAUACUGAAAAAGAUGCCACAGUAUCAGAAGGAGCUGAACAAGUAUUCUACACAUCUGCAUUUAGCUGAUGACUGCAUGAAGCAUUUCAAGGGCUCUGUGGAGAAGCUUUGCGGUGUAGAGCAGGACCUGGCCAUGGGCUCUGAUGCAGAGGGGGAGAAGAUCAAAGAUGCCAUGAAGCUGAUAGUUCCGGUCCUACUAGAUGCCACAGUACCUCCCUAUGAUAAGAUCCGGGUCCUGUUGCUUUACAUUCUUCUACGGAAUGGUGUGAGUGAGGAGAACCUGGCCAAGCUGAUUCAGCAUGCCAACGUGCAGGCCUACAGCAGCCUCAUUCGGAACUUGGAGCAGCUGGGGAGUACUGUCACCAACCCCGGGGGCUCUACAACCUCAAGCCGGCUGGAGAGGAGGGAACGCACAGAGUCCACUUAUCAGUUGUCUCGCUGGUCUCCAGUCAUUAAGGACAUAAUGGAGUUUCUGGCCAUCCUACCACCCCAGAGCAACAGCAGGGUGUUGCUCUUGCUGGUCUUUGACUCUUUCUGCUUGAGGGCCUUGGAUGUCUGGACUCUUAGGUCUCCGAAGGAUGCGGUAGAGGACCGGCUAGACCGAAAACUCUGGCCCUUCGUGUCUGACCCUGCCCCUACACCCAGCUCCCAAGCUGCGGUCAGUGCACGUUUUGGUCAUUGGCAUAAGAACAAGACUGGUGUGGAGUCUCGGGCCGGGCCCAGGCUUAUUGUCUACAUUGUGGGUGGUGUGGCCAUGUCCGAGAUGAGGGCUGCCUACGAGGUGACCAGGGCCACCGAGGGCAAAUGGGAAGUGCUCAUUGGAUCCUCACAUAUCCUUACACCUACCCGCUUCCUGGAUGACCUCAAGACUCUGGAUCAGAAGCUGGAGGACAUUGCCCUGCCCUGACUCUGUUGCCCCCACAUCCUGCCUUUCCAUAUAAAUAAAUUCCUUUUGUCUUUCCA